UCGUGAGGUCAGGAGGCGCCUAGCCGCCAGCAUGCCGUGGGAUGCGCGGCGGCCUGGGGGAGGCGCGGACGGCGGACCCGAGGGCGCGGGCGCGGCGCGCUCGCGGGCACAGAAGCAGUGCCGCAAGUCGUCGUUUGCCUUCUACCAGGCCGUGCGUGACCUGCUGCCCGUGUGGCUGCUCGAGGACAUGCGUGCCAGCGAGGCCUUUCACUGGGACGAGCGCGGCCGUGCCACCGCCUACUCACCCUCUGAGGCGCUGCUCUACGCGCUCGUGCACGACCACCAGGCGUACGCGCACUAUCUGCUGGCUACCUUCCCGCGCCGCGCGCUCGCGCCGCCCUCUGCCGGCUUCCGCUGCUGCGCCGCGCCAGGGCCGCAUGUGGCGCUGGCAGUGCGCUACAACCGCGUGGGCGUGCUUCGUCGCAUCCUGCGCACCGUGCGCGACUUCCCAGCCGAGGAGCGUGCGCGUCUGCUUGACCGGCGGGGCUGCAGCCGCGUGGAAGGCGGUGGUACUGCGCUGCACGCGGCCUGUGAGCUGGCGCGACCCGAGUGCCUCUUCUUGCUGCUUGGCCACGGCGCCUCGCCGGGCCUGCGCGAUGCCGACGGCCUCACACCACUGGAGCUGCUACUGCGCCAGCUGGGCCGCGACGCCGGGGCUGGCCCAGUUGCCGGGGCUUCGGGCGCCCCCGCCCCCGGGGAGCCGCGCCAGCACCGCCUGCUGCUGCUGGACCUACUGGCGCUGUACACGCCUGAGGGCGCCGCGGGUCCGACCCGCCGCGAGCUGCUGGGUGACCGGCUGCGCUGGCAGCGGCUGCUGGGCGAGGACAAGUUCCAGUGGCUGGCGGGCCUGGCGCCGCCCUCACUCUUCGCGCGCGCCAUGCAGGUGCUGGUCACCGCCAUCUCCCCAGGCCGCUUCCCCGAGGCCCUGGACGAGCUGCCGUUGCCGCCCUUCCUGCAGCCGCUGGACCUCACGGGAAAGGGCUAGACCACAGGGUGCCCUGGGGGCAGGGCUUGUGGGGAAAAUUAUUUUUCUGAGCGUUACACCCGACACUUUACAUAGACUGAUCUCUGUGCAGCAAA